ACACCACAGCCUCCUCCGCUGCCUCUCUCACUCUCUUGCUGUCUUGCGUCCACAUCUCUUCCAUUUCUCCGUCUGGUCCGCGUCUAUUUCUGCUUCUUGCUGAGUUCCCUUCGUUUCCUAGUCCUUGUUUUUGAUUCUACAUCUUAGACAUGCUCCUCACGUGAAGUCUGCCAACUUAAAAACAAAGAAAGAAGCAAAUACUCUGUCGGGGAAUAGGAGAGAAAAUCACGCACUUUUGAAUCUUUCUCUGAGCGCAUUGGCUUGAACGGUGCAGCACCAUGGACCUGUCAUUCAUGGCUGCCCAGAUCCCAGUUAUGACAGGAGCCUUCAUGGACUCCUCGCCCAAUGACGACUACAGCGGAGACCACUCGCUGUUCAACUCCUCAGCCAGCGUCCAUGCUGCCGCCUCAGCUGCAUCAGUACACGGCCAACAGGAUGACUCACAGUCCAUGUCCAGUGAUGCCAUCUGGCUUUGGAUUGCCAUCAUUGCCACCAUUGGAAACAUUGUGGUUGUGGGUGUUGUCUAUGCCUGCACUUUCUGAUGAACAUAUGCUUACAUAGACAAACACAUUCUGCUUUUUCUGGAUUUCUGGACCUUUGAGCGAGGCCACACUUUGUAGACAGACACAUACUCUCUACCACCUUUUAUUCUCUCUCCUUUAGCUUUGGAUCAGUUUGGGCUCUUGAGAGUGUGGAGAUGUGACACUAGACAAUGACUUAUAGACCGAAACCUUUAUUCAUCAGUGGGAAAGACUGGGACUUGGCUGCAUUUGUCAGUACCAACUGAUUUUUGAUGCUACAACUUAAGGUUUGAGGUGAAGCUUUUGGGUACAACAGCUCUUUAGUUAAAAACUGAGAAAAUAGACCUGCACUCUCAACCAAGAAUCAAAGAAACAUUUUUUUUUUAGCUUAAAUUUGUUUUUGUAUUUCUCCUCAACACAUUCACUUGUAAUGCAGAGAGGAGAAUGGAGAUUAGGUGGGUUUUAAGAUUUAGGUUGAUCCAGGCCUUAAACAUCCACCAGAUAACUACUAACCAAUUUGGGUCAGUGAAGUUUAUGUGGCCGAACAAAGAUGGUGAAUGUUAAAACAUUUAGAAAGUACUAAGAUUAUUUUCAUGCUAGGCAGCGUGAAAGGCCAAUCUGUGUGUGGAUGAACAAUAUGGACACUGAUCAUCGGUGCACUGUGUAUAGUGUUUCUACACAGUAUUACUGACAAGAGAACAGUACACAGACUGUCAUUCAACUCCCUUUGGUCCAGUACAUGCUGUUUUCUGAAAUGUUAACUCAAAUAAUGAUGACUAAAACAAAGACAGUUCCUCUCACUUACAGUAAUAUCCAGCAGAGAUUAUGGGAAAAUCUAAUUGUGUUUUCAUGUUGUGUUCCGCUAUAGAAAUGACAGAUGUUAACAAAACCAAAUUAGAAGCACAAAUUAAAUCAAACACAUGCAGCUUUCUCUACUUAUUGACCUAAUGAUUUUUUUCAGUAGCUUUUAUUUUCUCAGUAAGCACAGUCUGAAAAUAAUUUUCUAUCACUUAGGCUUAAUACUGUCAGAAACAGAAGGUGAACAUUCCUGAUAUUACAAUACAAGUAAAUUAGUGCAGAUGUUUCUGUGUGUUGUUUCUGGAAGUAAUGUAACCUUGACCAGAUCUUUAGUGAAGAAAUCUAUUCUAAUGUGAGUAGGAAAGUGAUGCCUCAUUUUGAAAUUAAAGUUUGUCCUUUAUAAAUUCACUGUUCAAUAAAUUACUUUUCUGUUACUGUGCAUCUAUCAGAGAAAGCAGUCUCCAUGGCAACUAAUUAACUAACUAAUAACUUAACUUUGAGACACAUACGUUAACCUGCAGCCAUAGAUGCAAUCAAUUGUUUUCAAAGAAAGCAGAAAAUGCAAAGCACUGCAUUUAGUUUAAGGCUAUUUUAAUUUUUCCAAAUGUGAUGUCAAAGUCAAUAAGUUGUUUUAUAUGUUAACUAGUUGUUCUUUACCCGAUAGACUGACUAAUGUCUAUGUUUAGACAGAAGCUUAAUGAGAAAUCCAAAGAGAGAACUUUUUUUUUAGUUAACUUAUUUAUUUGCUCUUUCCCCUGAGAGGGUAAUAUUAAUAUGCUUUAGGUUAAAGGACAAACAAGCCUGACUUGUAAACACCAUAACUGAUUAUAUGUUUAUACACACACACACAACAAACCAAUACUAGCUUACAGUUUCAAAUGUACUAAAUAAGAAGAGCUACACACACCAGCUUAAUUUCUGUUAGUGUACUUGUACAAUGUUAAAACAAGAGUUUUAAACCUGUUAUUUUUAUUAAGUAGUUGAUGUAGAAAUAUUCAGGCAUGUUGUACACCACAUCCACAAUGCUCCUUUUGUAAAGACACCUACUAUUAAAAUGUCUGUAUUAAUGCCUAUUGGUUUUUUCUGUUGAUAAAAGAGGGAUUUGUGUCCACUGAACCAGUUCAUCAGCACUGAAAGCGUCAAGUGAAGAAUAUUGCACUUGAAACACUUGUGGCUAAAUGCAGACUUUUGCCUUUGAACACUGCUUGAUGAUGUGAGAAGGCGUUUCAGCUCCAUCUUUUCUCCACAUGAAUCACCUGGCAUUACCUUUGGUGAAGCCAGUCCACUGGCAGACAUUACCAGUCACUGUAGAAAAAAGCCAUACACUUUAUUGUUUAGAUGGUCUUGUCUAAACAAAUGUCAUAAAGAAUUUAGUGGCAUUAAAAGGAAAAUGCAUUAACACAUUAUUAUCACGUUAACGCUGACAGCCCUGGUUAGCAUGCAAAUGCUUGGUAAUUAGCAAUAAACACAUCACAGUUGAGGCUGAUGGAAUGUCACUAGCUUUGCAGAUAUUAUAUCAUAACCCAAAGAAAUGAACGUGAUUAUGGCACUAGAUGAAAGGUUUAGGGAUUGGGAUCACCACAGUUGUUACAAUUCCUCCUAAAGGGAAUAUGAAUGUUUGUACAAAAUGUUGCUCAACUCAAUCUAGAAAAUGCACCAAUAGUGAAAACUUGCCAGAGUCAUUAGGAUUCAUUCUCUGGGCAGCUGAACCAAAUGUCAUGGCAGAAUCUAGUUGACAAAGACAUUAAUAAACAUAAAAAUGUUCAUUAUGGUGAGAGAAAAAAAAAUCAAGGGAUCACCAAAGUCAGCAGUUCCUAAUUCUCUAGAAACUAUGAAUGUUUGUACAAAAAGCCACCAUAUAUUUUAUUCUGCACCAAAGUGGUGGAUUGACAUUGCUGUGUCUAGGACCAUGCUGCUAGUAUGGCUGAGGUUCUCACAAUAGUAUGAAUAAAUAAAUAAUCAUAACAAUCCAGAAUGUGUUACUCUCAGACAUUUAUGGUUGCACAGCCAAUCCCUGUCAGGGAGAGGUGAUGUCAAAUGCAUUUAGAAAUCCAUCUUUAUGCCCCCUUACAGGUUAAAUCAGCCCCUUCCCCACUAGAUAGACAGCUUGGUUUGAUAAUAUCUAUUCAUCUCACUUCAAAUUUGCCAUGGACCUUUCUGGUACCCCCUCAGCAGAGGAGAUAGAGCUGAAAAUGGAGUCAGCUGCAGAUGAUCUUCAAACAACCUUCACAUUGUUUAUGCCAUUUGUUGUGCCUUUCCUCUGUAUUCAAUCUAGCGACAUAGUAGUGAAAGAAAAUCACAAGGGCUUCUCUACAACUGGUGAAUAGUAGAGGCAGUGAGCCUCAAAAAAUUCCUGGGCAAGAGGAAGAUGAAAUGGAUAGCCACUGGCCUCUCCUGGGCUAAUCUAUGGUAAUGCAUGGUAAUUAUUCGACUUUGUGGCUAAAACUUCAUUUUUAAUCUGUACAAGAUUAUACAAACCCAGUACAAGGUUGAAGGUUCGAAUCAUGGUGCCUGCAGUCCACAUGUUGAAG